ACGCACGAGAUUAAAACGCACCGUUUUGUCUUUCAUCCUCAAUACAUUUUCUUCUUCAGUUCACACCUUUAUAUCUUAAGAAAAAUCAAAUCAAAUCUGUAAUAUAAUAAAAGCCAAAAUCCAAAAAAAUGAUCUGAUAUAAAAGACAGAGUCUCAGAAAUUUACGACACAAUUCAUUUCCAACCAUUUUCAUAUUCUUCUUCUUCUCUCUCAAAACCCUAGCAGAGCUUCUCACUUCUCUACCUUCCUUCAACCAAUACUAUUAUUGCCGCUGCUGCUGCUGAUUUCUUCACUCUCCUCCUUUCUCGGUAACGAUGGCAAGAAAGAUGCUAAUCGAUGGAGAAGUAAGUCAACCUAAUGAGGAAGAAGCACACUACGAUUUUGACUUGUUUGUUAUUGGUGCUGGAAGUGGUGGUGUUCGUGCUUCUAGAUUUUCAGCUAAUUAUGGAGCUAAGGUUGGUAUAUGUGAGCUUCCAUUUCAUCCCGUCAGUUCAGAAGUAAUUGGAGGAGUUGGUGGAACAUGUGUUAUUCGUGGUUGUGUUCCCAAGAAGAUUUUGGUGUAUGGAGCAACUUUUGGAGGUGAAAUUGAGGACGCAAGGAAUUAUGGAUGGGAGGUGAAUGAGAAAGUAGACUUUAACUGGAAGAAACUUUUGCAUAAGAAGACUGAGGAAAUACACAGGCUGAAUGGGAUAUACAAGAGGUUAUUGUCGAAUGCUGGAGUAAAAUUGUUUGAGGGAGAGGGGAAGCUAGUUGGACCUAAUGAAGUUGAGGUGACUCAGCUGGAUGGCACAAAAUUGAGUUAUUCAGCAAAACAUAUCUUGAUUGCAACUGGAGGUAGGGCACAACGCCCUCCAAUUCCUGGCCAGGAAUUCGGUAUAACCUCAGAUGAAGCACUGAGUUUAGAGGAGCUUCCCAAACGUGUUGUGGUGCUUGGAGGAGGGUACAUUGCAGUUGAGUUUGCUUCAAUAUGGCGUGGGAUGGGUGUUGCGGUCGACCUUUGCUUCAGGAGGGAACUUCCACUAAGAGGUUUCGAUGAUGAAAUGAGGGCUGCAGUUGCAAGAAAUCUAGAAUCUAGGGGAGUUAAUUUACAUCCAAGGACAAAUUUGACAGAGGUGAUAAAAACAGAGGACGGUAUAAAAGCUAUUACUGACCAUGGUGAAGAGUUGAUAGCUGAUGCUGUAUUGUUUGCCACUGGUCGGGCUCCCAACACAAAGAGGCUGAAUUUGGGUUCCGUUGGCGUCGAAAUUGAUAAAGUUGGAGCUAUAAAGGUGGAUGAGUUCUCACAGACAAAUAUUCCUAGCAUAUGGGCUAUUGGUGAUGUUACAAACCGAGUAAAUCUUACCCCUGUCGCCUUAAUGGAGGGGACAUGUUUUGCUAAAACUGUUUUUGGUGGGGAACCUACCAAAGCAGAUUACCGAGAUAUCCCUUGUGCAGUGUUUAGCAUUCCGCCUCUUGCAACCGUAGGCCUCACUGAAGAGGAAGCAAUCGAGCAGGCAGAGGGUGAUAUUUUGGUUUUCUCAUCAAACUUCAAUCCUAUGAAGAACACAAUUUCGGGACGACAAGAAAAGUCAGUUAUGAAACUUGUUGUUGAUGCUGAGAGUGAUAGAGUUCUUGGAGCAUCCAUGUGUGGACCGGAUGCUGCUGAAAUUAUGCAGGGCAUUGGUAUUGCACUCAAGUGUAACGCUACCAAAAAACAAUUUGACAGCACGGUGGGAAUUCACCCCUCUGCUGCUGAGGAAUUUGUAACCAUGCGAUCAGAAUCGAGACGUGUUGCAGGUGCUAAGAAGCCGAAAACAAAUCUGUAAGAGCAGAGAGGUGUUUCUUUCUUCAUAAUAAUCAGGAAAGCAAAAAAGUGAAAUAUUUUUAAUUAAUUUUGCAGCGUAAGGUUUUUCUUUUUACUUAUAUCAUAGGUGAUGCUGCAAAUGCAUUAUUAUUCUCUUAUUUGUUACCUCCAUCAUUUUUAAUAUUAUCAGGUACUUGGAACCUUCAAUUUUAAAAUACGUAAUUGUUUCACUUCUGUGAUGAUGAUCUGUACAUUCGAGUGAGACUUUUAUUGUUUAACUUCUUCUUUCAUAUAUUUUACAAUUAUAUCAAUUGUGUAUAUUUUUAAUAAAUACGAUUUCCAGAGUA